CCAAACGCUUUAGUUUUUUAGUAGCGUUACGUUAACAAACACUUCGGCUGUGUUCCAAAUAGAUAUUCGGUCCCUUAUUAAGGGAGCGAGGGGGCCGUUACACACUUGGCGUUUUAGGGCACCUACGAAGACAACAGUGAUCGGUUUGGAACAAAGCCGCGGUUUAUAACGCUGUUGUAGCUAAACGAGGGUCGACUCCUGGGACGCAAGGUUAUAAAACGUUUACUGCAACGUUGUUUAGAUGCGAGGAGUCAAAUUAAACUACGAUGCUCUGUGACUCGACCGCAGUGGACUGAAGUGGGCCGAAGACUCCUGAGCAUCAUGUUCUUCGUCCUGCUGUGAUCCUGAACACUCUGGGAAUCCAAACUCUCGUGGUGUUGUGUUUAAACCCUCUUCUACUGUGAUGGAUGCUGGAGCGGAGGUGAUUCCUAUUUGGCAGAAUAAGCCACAUGGUGCGACCCGGAGUGUGGUAAGGAGAAUUGGCUCCACGUUGCCUCUGAAACCCUGCCCCAGAGCCUGCUUCCAGGAGCUGCCCGGUCUGAACCCCCUGCGGCCCACAGAUGGCCCCCUGGUGCCCACACUUGCUGACAUCGCCUGGAUUGCUGCUGAUGAAGAGGAGACUUAUGCGAGAGUCAGGAGCGACACACGCCCCUUCCGUCAGGAGUGGAGGCCGACGCCCCUCAUGGUCCUACACAGGAACUCGUCAGUGCCUAAUUUCAGGCGUGAGGGAAAGCGCAUGGAGGGUCUGAGGAAGCCGGGCAUCACGGCACUGAACCGCGCCACCGCCCUGCAGGACGAGCUGAGCCGCCUUCGCGCACAAAUCGCCAAGAUUGUAGCCGGAGAGAACGACUCGAACCCCAUCACCCCGGACCUCCUCUCUCCAGACGACACCACUGUCGGUUUCUCCAUGGCUCCUUUCGAGACCGUGGCGUACCACCCGCUCCCCGCCGCCUCCUUCGUCAUCAGCGACGUCACAGAAGUGGACGAGGAGGAAGAGGAGUACGAGUCGGAGGUCCCCGAGCUAGCGCCCGACCCCGUGCCCCCUGUCUGCAUGACGGCUUCGGCGACCUUCGAUCUCGACCGGCCCACCAUGGAGUUCCGGGAGGCGGAGGAAGACACGGUGUCGCUGUCCAAGUCCACCAGCUUCGCCGACGUCAAGGACAUCCUGAGGGACAUGAACCGCAUGAAGAUGAGCAAGGACAGAUAUUCCCGCGGCUGUACGUCACUGAUGGAAGAGGACUCUGCUAGUCUGAUCUCUGAAGCCUUGAAGAAGAAGUUCACACUGAGGGAUGAAGACGUUCAUAUGAAGAAGUGAUCUGCCUUUUCUCCAUCAUCUCUGUACCCACACAUGCCCGACACGUCUGUGCCUGUGGACCGUUUGCCAUGGAAACGCCUCAGAGCCCCAUGAUGCCAAGUUAGGCUCCGCCCCCUUUCUCUCCCAAAGCUAUUACAGCCGCACUGGAGUAGAGCAGCUCUCUGUUAAAACUCUUCCCCUCUUUCUCUCGCUCUCUCUCUCUCUCUCUCUCUCUCUCUCUCUCUCUCUCUCUCUAUUACAUCAUAUUUUACGUUUCUCAAUUGCUGCCUUUUCACACAGAACAUAUUGUGUGAUGAAUGUUGUGAUUUUGUGUCGUUUGAACAAAAGCUUCGAAAUCACAUUGCCUUCCUCACACACACAUUUUUGUCUUUUCGUUUCCCCUUUCAUCCUUUCCCUGAGACUCAUACUUACUUCUUUUUCCCUUGACUAGUUUUCAAAUCCUUCAGACUGAAGUAUUUUCCAGGCUCAUGGCUGCCUAAAUACUUAGAAAAACCUCUCUAAUGAAAUGUUGUUGUUUCAUACGUAGUUACGUUAUUCCUCUCCUACACCGAGCACUCGUUCAACCGUUUACGUACAAAGUGCAUUACGUAGCUUCUCUUGCGUGCGAUUUCAGAGCUGCGGUUUGACUAGUCAUUUUUUUAUAUUAGCUGCGUUAGUAACGAGCGUUAAUGCGCCGUAUUGUUAUGACAGACGUGACAGUUUAGCCAAAAGAUUCAUUUACACGUCAUUCAUUGUCCCUUACAUCAAACACACAGUCAGUACGCUAAACUAGUCAUGCUAGCUACGGUACAAAUACGCACACGAUUGUCAGACAGCAAGCAGGUCUUUGCUGAUUGGUCAGAUUUAGAGUUUAUCGACCUUUUUAUUUACACCUAUGGGUCUGGAAAAACACCAUAUUUCCCCAGCGCAAUAAAACACAACGCUAUUUUGAUUUAAAGAUGAGUGUGUGAGAGUGUGUGUGAGAGUGUGUGUGAGAGUGUGUGUGAGAGUGUGUGUGAGAGUGUGUGUGAGAGUGUGUGUGAGAGUGUGUGUGAGAGUGUGUGUGAGAGUGUGUGUGAGAGUGUGUGUGAGAGUGUGCGUGAGAGUGUGCGUGAGAGUGUGCGUGAGAGUGUGCGUGAGAGUGUGCGUGAGAGUGUGCGUGAGAGUGUGCGAGAGAGUGUGCGAGAGAGUGUGCGAGAGAGUGUGCGAGAGAGUGUGCGAGAGAGUGUGCGAGAGAGUGUGCGAGAGAGUGUGCGAGAGAGUGAGCGCGAGAGAGUGAGCGCGAGAGAGUGUGCGCGAGAGAGUGAGCGCGAGAGAGUGAGCGCGAGAGAGUGAGCGCGAGAGAGUGAGCGCGAGAGAGUGAGCGCGAGAGAGUGAGCGCGAGAGAGUGAGUGUGUGUAUGCUUUGUAUGGCUUAUUGCUGCUGUAGCUGUCUGUGUAGCUCUGAAGAAAUUUUAUAGGAACAUCAGGCCUCGUUUAUCAAAGCGGUCACAAAAGAAUUUAUUUGUAACUCCUUUGUAGGAGCGUUUACACGAGAAACCUGCUGUUCGUGAAAAUUCACUUGGUUUGAAUAAUCAGUCCUUGCAGGAUUACACGCAUUGAGCCACUUCCCUGAUAUAAGGAGGGGCUAGUUUACCAAAAUCACCACAGGUUUGUAACGAGACGCGUCAUGUAACAUCACAGCACGCAGUUCAUUCACGUGUACAAUUCAAACGUCUCAAUUCAAGCAGUUUUCCAGGAAAAAAGCAUCGCAAAUUUUGGUGUGAGGGGAAAAUAAAGCAACAUAAUCAAGCAUUUCGGGCAACAGUCACCAAACAAAACCCUGUGAAAUCCUGAAGGGACUGAAUAAACAUUUAAGUUUUAUGAUUCGACUCAUUAACGUGACCCUUCGCUCCAUCAGCUUCAGAUCGUAUGGUGAUUGUUGUGGUUGUGUUUAUUUUUUAAUAUAGAGGUUCCUGCUUUGGUGUUUAUUUCAGUGUCACACCAAACACCAACAUAAUGAAAGCUUUUGAUUAGUUUUGUAUUAGUGACUAAAGAAAGAGACCCAAAAACUCAGCUAUAAAUACAGACAAAUAAGCGCUUGUGAGAGAGAGAGGUGUCUCUUGUUGCCUUACAUAACCCAACUCCAUCCAAAUACCAAAAGUAUCACGAUAUUUACAUUUGCUAACAAACUACCAGCAUUUUAAAAGCUCAUUAAAGACCAUAGUUUCUCAUGAGAGACGUUUUCGUUGCAUUGCUGUGAAGAGUUAUAAUCGAAUAUAACGUUAAUAUCAUAAUCCCUGAUUCUUUUUUAUUUGACUUGUCUCUGAAUAUAAUUCCAGAUGCUCACGGGAUCCUUUUUACUCCACAGUUGAAAGUACAAAUACACAAAGAUUUUGGGCUUUAAUGUAUACGUUUAUGUUUCUUUGGCAUAUUCCUUUAAAUCCUCGUUUAUAUGCUUUGUGCAUUAGAUGAUGAGUCCUGCCGUACAAACUGCUCAUAAACUAGAUGAUGAUGAUGAUGAUGAUGAUGAUGAUGAUGAAGAAGAAGAGGAAACCUCUGACUGUUAGAACUGGGUGCGAAUCCUGCGGCGUGUUAGAAAGAUGAGAUUCAAGCAUGUUUUACUUCCUGUUUGAUCCCAGAUUGUGUUUUUGUUUUUGUUUUUGUCUUCUCGAAGUGGAUAAGGAAGUUUGUGUGCUGUGAUUUGUUUUCUACUAUGAGAAUGGUGUUAUACCUGCCUGUAUAUUGUGUGUACAAGAGAAAAUAAUAAAAGGAUAACGUUAAAAUACA